AAGGCUUUUGGCAAGAUAUUGGAGUGUAUUCAUGGGGAUUUGUGUUCAUUCAGCCACAAGAGCACUGAUGUUGGGUGAGGAGGCCUGGCUCGUAAUCGACGUUCCAGUUCAUCCCAAAGGUGUUCAGUUGGGUUGAGAUCAGGUUUCUGUGCGGGACACCCGGGUCCUCCCACACCAAACUCGUCAAACCAUGUCAUCAUAGAGCUUGCUUUGUACACUCUGUUAUGCUGUAACAGGAAAGGCUCUUCCACAAACUGUUGCCACAAAGCUGGAAGCAUAAUAUUGUGUAAAAUGUCUUGGCUCAAACCCUGAAAAACAACCCCAGACUAUUAUCUCUCCUCCACUAUGCAUUCCAGUAGGUAGCGUUCUUCUGUAAUCCACCAAACACAGAUUCGUCCAUGAGACUGCCAAAUAGUGAAAUGUGAUUCAUCGCUCCAGAGAACACGUUUCUACUGCUCCAGAGUCCAGUGGCGGUGCUUUACACUACUCCAGCUGUUGCUUGGCAUUGUGCAUAGUGUUCUUAAUCUUGUGUUCAGCUGCUCAGGGAUGGAAACCCAUUUCAUGAGGCUCCUGACACACAGUUCUUGUGUUGAAGUUGCUUCCAGAGGCAGUUUUGUGCAUGCAGAGCUAUCCAAUUUAGCACUCAGUGGCUCCACUUUGUACGUUUGUGUGGUCUACCGCUUCCUGGCUGAGCUGUUGUUGACACUUCAUUUUCACAAUAAUAGCAUUUAUGGUUGACCAGGGCAGAUCUAGCAGGCCAGAAAUGUCAUGAAUGGACUUGUAGCAUCUUGUGACAGUGCCACGUUUAAAGUCACUAAGCUCAUCGGUAUGACCCAUUCUACUGCCUGUAUUUGUCUAUGGCAGGGGUCUUUAAUCUUAUACAGAAAGGUCUGGUGUGGCUGCAGGCUUUCAUUCCAACCAAGCAGGAAUUUAUUAAUUCAUUGUUUAAUCAGUUUAUCUUAAUCUCCAACCAGCUAUUAAAUAUGCCUCCAAUUUGGCUAUAAUAAAGAAGAAGAGGAAGAAAAAGCCUGCAACCAAACCGGCCUGUUGGGGGAAAAAACCUAGUAGAAACCAUAACGGAAAUUCAAAUGUUUUCCAAUACAAAUACUAUUACAAACCAUCAGCUAACCAUUAAAAUCGUUACCAGUGGUAUCCACUAGACAUAACAUGCCACCAAUAGAAGGCAACAAAUUACCAGUAGAGGCCCACAGUUUCCAUUAAAACCAAUAUAAUUCCCAUUAAACAUAUUUACAAAUUCUAUGAGGGUUUCUAUUGUUGUUGUUGUUGUUGUUAUUGUUGUUGUUUUUUUCAGCAGGGCGGACCUUUCUGCACAAGACUGUAUACCCCUGGUCUGUGAAGAUAGUGCUUGAAGUUAUACACCUGACAAGAAUAGUGUGGCUGAAACACCUGGACUCAACCAUUAGGAGGGGUGUCCAGAUAUAUAUUUUUGUGUAGCUUUAAAAAAAAAAAAAAAAGAUGGACGUAAGUCGUUUGGGAAUCGAAAGAGUCGACUCUUAAUAGUGAGCUGAGCCGAUGGAAUUCGCACGACUCGUGCAAUGUUUGUGUUGAACAUCACGUCGCCCCUUGUUGAGUGGCGUUUAGCAAUUACCCUGGACCUCUCACGUGACUCGCGCGAGCGAAUGAAGUGGAGUAAGGGGAAGUGGGGUUUUGCGCAUGCGCGGUGUACUGUACUGCUUGGUGUAGGCGAGCUGCGGUCGGACGUGUGAGAUCUCCGCGGAGCAGCAGCUUCUCAUGGCGGCGCUGUUAAAAAAUCUGUAGCGAGGCGGUGGAUGGUUUGCAGAUUCGUACGUGUGAAAGGAAAAUGUCGAGUCUCUGGGUGGUGUAUGCUGAGUUGGUCCUGCUGUCUUGCCUUGGUCUGGUUCGCGCGCAAAAUGAGAAACCAGUGGUGUUUACUCUGGGAAUGUUCCAGAAUGUGAGUAUACCAGUGAAUGGAAGUGUGGAAGUGAACGUGUCCCGAAUCCCAGCUGAAGUGGCCUUCGUCACGCUGCAGUUUCACACUCAGCACCGCAAUGCCACCAUGUCAUACACAAGGGUCCCAGCGUACGGCUCUGCGGUCACCACGGUCGAUUCCGGGCUCCUGUUUCCUCUCUCUCCAGCUCAGUCGAGUCUCUCGUGCUUCCUGCUGGCUCCUGACGGUGACUCCGUCGCAGGGAUAGCAGUUAUACUGCCCUACUCGAGCACUGACCCUGUCCCUGGGGCCUGCAAUCUGGAGUUCCCACUGGAGAUAGACCCAAACAUCUACUUGCUCUACAACCUUUACGAGACCAUCAUUCGCUUUGCCCCUGCCAACAUCGGAUACGCGAGAGGAGUCUCUCCCCCGUUGUGCGACGUGGAAACGGACUUGAGCAGUCGCUGGCGUUUAGAGUACGACGUGUACCAGUACUUCCUUCCUGAGAACGACCUGUCGGAGCGGAGCCUGCUCGGCGGCGUGGAGACGGUCGCUGGGGCGCCGAGCAUGCAGCAAAAUGGUAGAAAGCUGAUGACGCUGUCGUCUCGAGAUAAAACCUCGGUGUCGUUUAACUCCAUCCCGGGACAGGGAGUGAUCUACUCCGUCAUCGUGAGAGACCCCGUGUACAACAGCUCCGCUUCGUACGUGCCGGUGCACACCUACGCCUGCAGCUUCACGUCCGCGGUAGACGGAUGCACCACGCUAGGGAGAACUUCCAGCAAAGUUUUUUUCACCAUUACAGGCCUCGCAGGACUUCUCGUAUGUUUCUUAGGGCAUCGUUUUUUCAAAUGUGAGCUCUUCUGUUUGGGCUUUGGCUUUGGAGCGUUCUUCUUCUUCGUGCUGAUCACGAGAACCACCACGCUGGAUUAUGACAUCCGAUUGGCUCUGACGACUCUGAUAGGUGUUGUCGGGGGUGUGGUCCUGGUGAUGACUUGGUGGCGGUUCGGCUCCGUUAUGGCCUGCGUUGUCGUCGCAGGCCUCAUCCUCGGCUUUCUCAUCUCAUCCGUCGUCUUUUUCACACCGUUUGGUGACCUCUCUGUGUUUCAUGAGGAUGUGGCAUUCUGGGUGACGUUCAGCGGCAUCGUGUUGGUCGUGCCUCUGUUCUUCACCAGAUGGCCAAGAGUGGGUAAUAUAUUAACAUGCGGGGUGGUAGGAGGGUACAUGGUCGUGCUGGCUGUGAACGCCUACGUCUACACCAGCCUCUCCUACAUCACGCUGGACGUCCUCAAACGCUUCCUCAACGAGAACUUCAGCAGGGCUUUCAUCUCCGUCCCGCUGCAGACCACCGAUUUCAUCCUAAUCGGCUUGUGGGUGCUUCUCGGGGUGUCGGGCAUCACUGUGCAGCUGUACCGAGAGCGCUCGCGGCCGUACUUUCCGCCGAGCCCGUACAUCCUGUGGUGCCAGGAGCGCGAGCGGCGCAAGACCAACGUGUUGGACCCGAGCCACCACACGCCAUCUCUGGCCGCCCGCCUGCUCGCCCGCGCCCGCCAGCUCACACGCCACCGAGAGCCUGCUGGAGAGCGCACGCCCCUGCUCCUCUGACCUCUGUCCAAUGUGAUCAUCAGGCCUGCUGACCUACAGAAGGAUACAGGCUCUGGGCCCACCGUAUGUCACUUUUUUUUCUUUUUUUUUUUUUUUUUCUUCUUCCCCUUUCACACACUUUUGCAGACGUUUGAGCUCUAGAUCAUCUCGAGCUGGCGACUGCUCUCGAACGUACACGAUGAUAUCGAUCCACAUGAUGCGCUAUUAAAUAAUCGAAUAGCGUUGAGAUUAUAACCCGUUAAAUACAGGGCUGAUCUGACCCCCGACCUGAUACGCGACCCCGGAGCCGACCUUCCGCCAUUUUAAAAGUCGUUGAAAUGUUGAACUAGAGCUGAAAACUUUAUUUAUAUAUAUAUAUCUCUGUUCAUUUUCCAUUCUAAAUGAUUCCCAAAAGACUGUAGCGUGAAGACGAGCGCUAGUCAUUUUUUUUUUU